CUUGUAGUCCUUUUCCAUGUCCACAAUUAUACUGGUACAUUGCAAAAUUUUCCGUCGUAAUUUAUGCGUGUGUCUAAUUUGAUGGUUUACAUUAUCUAUUCUGUGACAUGACUCAUGUUCAGUUGACUUGAGUACAGUCGUCGGUAAGCCGAAAAGGGGCAAGACACUUCGUCCGUAUGUCAAUACAGCAAAACCUGAAGGGGGAGAAAACUGUCGUAUUAGUUGAUUAAUGAUUAAUGCAAUGAGAGAAAGACGAAGAUGGAAUUGAUUUAUUGUUGAGGGGUCUUGAAGUCAUGUCAGCAAUCUUCAGCAUGACCUUCGACUAUGAACUGAAGACACCAGCAGCCCUAGCUCCACACGACUUCUGGAAUAACGACGACAGACCAAAGGUUUCCUCCGACUAUUUUUGGCGAUGACUGCAGCCCUCCCCUCGAAGAUGCUUCCCCAGUGGCCGCAGCAGGUGUUCGCCCUGGACGCCAAAUACAACACUCGUCGCAACGGCGCUCAGCCGGCCUUCGGGAUGCUCUACAUCCGCCGGAGGUCGCAACUCCUCCGGGACAAGGAGUCCAAGAGUCCCUCCCCGCGCCCCACGUACGUGAAACUGCGCUCCGAGCUCCUGAAACUCCGCUACGGAACGAUAUCCGAGUACAACGGCCUCGGCUCGCGCGCCUCCGUCGACGGCGUCCUCGAGGACAGGUCGGUCCAUCCCAGGUUCAGCAAAAAAUCCACUGCCGAGAGCUUCGCGUUCGCCGGGGUACACCACGUCUUCGAUCAACACAUUGCUGGGGUCACAGCGUUGAAAUUCGCCAACAACGACCGAUCGAAGUUGUGCUGCGCGUCUUUCGAUGGGACGAUAUCCAUCUGCAGUGUCACAGAUAUGCCCCCCAGGGUGGUGGCCAAGCUCGAGGGCCACAGGAAGGGGGUGACUGGCAUUGACUGGAGCAUCAGCAACGAUCUCAUCGUCUCCACGAGUCUGGAUGCCACUGUUCGGCUCUGGGGAGUCCACGGGGAUGCCACCCCCAACUGCCUCAGGGUCGUCGCCGAUCAAUUCAGGUCUGAGGUACUCUGCUGUGCCUUCGUCCCAGCUAACAACAACCUCGUCAUCACUGGGAAUGGACAGGGACUCCUGCAGAUACUCAACGUCUCCACCGGGAUUUACCCCAGAGGGGGAACGACAAAGAUCGGGGGGAAAGUGCUCUCGUUGACGUGCGAGGAGAGUGGAGGCUCUUUAAUCUGGACUGGAAACGACAGGGGAACCAUCACCAGUCUUCGUCUGGAGCCCGCCUCUGGGAGACUCUCCAAGCUCAGGAGGAUCGAGGGCCUCGGGGGAGCUGUCACCAGUCUGUCUUGGAGACCCUGGCUCUCCAGGGAGUCCCCCUGGCCCAGUGUUCUCGUCAGCAGCGCCUGCAAUGCAGUCUCCGUUUACAGGAUUGGGGAUGCUCAGGGGUCUCUCAGUGUCUGGAGGAAGUAUCCUGUUAAACAUCAGCAGUAUCUCGUGAGGUCGACAUUCUGCCCUCAGAUGGGCGCGUGCCUGAUAGCCAGUGGUUCAGAAGACGGCUCUGUUCACCUGUUGGACACUGCUCGCGAGGGCAAAGCCGCCCAGGUGAACAGACUACAUGGGCAUUCCGCUCCAAUUCUCUCAAUUGCUUUCAACUAUGACGAGUCGUACCUCGCCACUGGGGACCACCAGGGACUUGUUAUCAUAUGGCAGAACUGAGAGCUCUAGUGUUACCUAAAAUGAAAGUAUCGGAGCACAGACUAGCAGUGUAUAUUUUUUUACGAAGAUAGUUGUGUAAAUAUUAAAAAAAAUAAUUAGAAAAUUGAAUUUUCGUCCAUUUAUUGACACUGAGGAAAAAAUGUUAUUGAUAAUUUUAUUAGUCAUUUGUAUUAAUUUAAUUCCAUAGUUGCACUGCGUAUUUUUAAUUAAAAUUCCCAAUGGAAACAAUUUUGUAAAAAAAAUCAUCAAACUUUUUCUAUAGGAAUUAAUUAAUUAAUUUUCCAAGCUUGAAAAUUUAGGGUUGAGGCAUUUCUGUCGAAAAUAUCUAAAUAGAAAAAGUUGUAUAGAAAAAUCGAAUUCCAUGAAUUUUUUCUGUAAAAUCUUUUGCACUGAACAUUUAUUUUAAAAAAACGAGCAGAUAAAUUGUGGAAUUUUUUAAUAAAAUCAACGAAGAACAAUCAGAAAAUUCAGCAGAAAAUAUUCUCUAGGAAAAACGAAUAGAAUUCGAUAUUUCUAUACAAUUUAUUCUAUUAAGAUGUCUACAGAAGUUUUUUAUUUUAUUUUAUUUUUUUAUGAAAGAAGAAGAAAAAUAAAUCAAUAAAAACUUGGAAAAUUCAUGUCGAGCAAUUCCCACAGAAAAUGUCUCCUGGAAACAAUAGUAUAAUUGAGAAACAGGAUGUAAAAUACUCCAAAAACUGAAGUCAGCAAUAACAAAGGGAUUAUGGAUGAUGAAUGUACGAUUAAAACUGCAAUAAUAUAACAAAUAGGAUAUAUAAAAUAAACAACACGUGUAUAGCAAUA